AUGUAUGUAUUUACACUUACUUACUUACUUACAGGUUUGGGUGAUAAAUCAUCGUGUAAAACAUUCCUUCAUGGAAGACUCUUCUUACAAGUGGAAAUUUUAGCUUGUACGGCGGCAAUUGUUUGGGUAUUAGCAAUGAUCUUUGAUCCAAUUAUUAAUUUUUUCGCUGACCCAAAUUUCAUCGAUUCAAUUCGGUCAUGGUUUUCAUGUAUUAAAUUUCAAAUUCCACCACUACAGCUAUUAUUUUUGCAUAAAUCAAACAGUAACAGUUGA